ACUCUUGAGGGUGAGGAGGAAAGUCAAUCGGAAUCAACAUGACGAUGUUCGGCAACGGUCUCUUCAUAGUUCUCCUGGCUGUCCUUGCGCCAUCACUGGGAUGUCCGCCUGGACCAGAUGAGCUCCCCAACAAGCUCGCUGGCCUCUUGACUCAACUAGAAACCGCGAAGGCGGAUUUCCAAAGUAUCUUUGAUGUCACCGAUGAACAGUGUCCAUGUCAGACUCCCGGGGAUUGCUUUGAAAGUGAUCUCGAAGCCCUCAACACCACACUUUGCGAUCUUAUCAACAAUCUCACAGCAUUGAUCGGGGAUCAAUCAACGGACUGUCCUGCACUUGAAGGAUGUGCCGCACUUGUUGGUGGAUGCUAUCGGACCGACAUUGCUCAGGUUGACCCAGUGGGGACGAUCCUGCCGAGUUUGGAUGUGACUUAUAAUGUCAGCGCUUUUACAGUAAGCGGAGACAAUGCAUCAAGUUACAGCAUAUACUAUCUUUCGUUUCCGCCCCUCCGGUUUGUUUGCGAGUCCAGGACCACGGAUAGGAUCAUCUCAAACACCCUACUACUCCAGGAAGAGUUUGGAAGCGGUACUGGUAUCGCUGUCGUGGAUGAUCUGCUGUAUGUCGCCAUUAAUGAUUAUAACAACACGGGUCUCGAUCAACUUGCGUCCAUUCCUACAUCUGGCGGCACUUUGUCGCUUCUUACCGAGAUUUCCUGCGAGGCUGGGAGAGUCAGAGCUUUUGAUGGGCGAGUGUACUUCAGCGACUGCAAGGAGAUCAAGUGCGUCAACGAGACAGGUGGAGAUUUGCAGACCAAACUGAAGUUUUCAAUGUCCAUUACAUCGUUUGACGUCAUUGACGAUAACAGGAUCGUGUUUAUUGAUGUUGCCGGUGGUGUGUGGAUCUACGACAUUGCGACCAACUGUUUCAAGCUGCUGUACUGCAUUCCGGGCGACCCAUCCGGGGACGUCAAGAUCAACCGCUGUUCUUCUUUGAUAUACCUGGCCUACCCUGGUGUCAGCGAUCUCGGCAUUUUCAACGCCACAUCCUUGGAGUCGGCGGGCAUUCUGGAGUACACCACGUCCAACCCCAGUGAGUGUCCGAGUCUCGGAUUCGAACCAGACUGCCCAUAAUUGGCAGAGUGGGGAGACAGACCGCCACUGCGUGUUGAAAAGCAAGCAAUAAAAUGUGUAGAAGGCAUUGAGUCAAAUCUGUAUUCAAUAAACCUUUUGAACACGA